UGACGUCAGGGUCUCGGGAACAGGAGCAGCUCCAGGUCAGGAUCUGGAUCUGGUCUGACAGCGGGAUGGCAGGCGAGGCCGACGGGCUGCGGGGACGAUGAACCGAGCAGGGCGCCGCCACACCGGAGAACACCGACAACACCGACAACACGAGCAUGUGAACACGUAUUCAGGACAUUGUGAUUGUUACUAAAGAUGUCUGAUAGUGUCGAUAUUGAAGAGAAACCACCGGCCCCUCCCUUGAGAAUGAACAGUAGUUCCAGAGACUCUUCAUCGUUGAAUCACGCCUCCAAACCGCUUCCAAUGGCUCCAGAAGAGAAGAAUAAGAAAGUCCGCCUGCGCUCCAUCUUCCCUGGAGGAGACAAGACCAACAAGAAGAAGGAGAAGGAGCGUCCUGAGAUCUCCCUGCCUUCAGACUUUGAACACACCAUUCAUGUCGGCUUUGACGCUGUAACGGGAGAAUUCACGGGCAUCCCGGAGCAGUGGGCUCGCCUCCUGCAGACCUCCAACAUCACCAAGCUGGAGCAGAAGAAGAACCCACAGGCUGUCCUCGACGUCUUAAAGUUCUACGACUCCAAAGAGACGGUCAACAACCAGAAGUACAUGAGCUUCACCUCGGGAGAUAAGUCGGCUCACGGAUACAUCGCCGCGAACACUCUGAACCGGCUGCUGUCGUCCGGGCCUCCUGUCAGCCUUAGAACCUGCAGCGCAUUAUUCGACAAGGCCGCUAAAACAUCGUCGACAGAGCCGCCGAUCGCUCCACCUGUGUCCGAGGAGGAGGAUGAGGAGGAAGAGGAAGAGGAGGAGGAGGAGGAAGAGGAGGACGAUGACGACGAGCUGCCGCCGGUCAUCGCGCCUCGGCCCGAACACACCAAAUCUAUCUACACCCGCUCCGUCAUGGACCCGCCAAAGCCCCCCACGCCCGUCAAAGAAGUGCUGACUCCUCCGGAGUCCCAGGUCCAACCGGAGAACACGUCCAACACCAUGUACCGCCACACCGACCGCCAGAGGAAAAAGUCCAAGAUGACGGACGAGGAGAUUCUGGAGAGACUCAGGAGUAUCGUGAGCGUCGGCGAUCCCAAAAAGAAAUACACGCGCUUCGAGAAGAUCGGACAAGGAGCGUCCGGCACCGUGUACACCGCCAUCGACAUCGCAACCGGCCAAGAGGUGGCGAUCAAACAGAUGAAUCUGCAGCAGCAGCCUAAGAAGGAGCUGAUCAUUAACGAGAUCCUCGUCAUGAGGGAAAACAAGAACUCCAACAUCGUUAACUACCUGGACAGUUAUUUGGUUGGAGACGAGCUCUGGGUGGUGAUGGAGUACUUGGCUGGUGGCUCGUUGACGGAUGUCGUGACUGAGACCUGCAUGGACGAAGGCCAGAUCGCUGCCGUCUGCAGAGAGUGUCUUCAGGCUCUGGACUUCCUUCACUCCAACCAGGUGAUCCACAGAGACAUCAAGAGUGACAACAUCCUGCUGGGGAUGGACGGCUCCGUCAAACUCACCGACUUCGGCUUCUGCGCUCAGAUCACUCCCGAGCAGAACAAACGCAGCACAAUGGUGGGCACGCCAUACUGGAUGGCACCGGAGGUCGUGACCCGGAAGGCGUACGGCCCCAAAGUGGACAUCUGGUCUCUGGGCAUCAUGGCGAUAGAGAUGGUGGAGGGAGAACCUCCGUACCUGAACGAGAACCCGCUCAGGGCGCUGUACCUGAUCGCCACCAACGGGACUCCGGAGCUGCAGAACCCGGAGAGGCUGUCGUCCGUGUUCAGAGACUUCCUGAACCGCUGUCUGGAGAUGGACGUGGACCGCAGAGGGUCAGCCAAGGAGCUGCUGCAGCAUUCCUUCCUGAAGCUGGCGAAGCCGCUGUCCAGCCUCACGCCUCUGAUUGUAGCCGCGAAGGAAGCCAUAAAGAACAGCAGCCGCUAGGACCCGAGGCUGCAGCCCUGCCUGUGAUGAGGCCUUCAUGGGGGCAGAGGCUUGGGUGGAGAUGGGUGGUGGGUGAGUGGUGGUGGUGGUGGGGGUUUGUGUGACAGCACAAAGACUGAAGACCCCUCGCCUCACAUGUAGGAUGGACAUCUGGCCUCGCAGCCUCUCGGCUCGCUGCUGAACUGACUCCUCGUUUACUCCAGCACUCUGUACAUGUAGAGCAGUCCAUCACGUGUGUGUGUGCGUGCGUGCGUGUGUGUGCGCAUGUGUGUGUGUGUCUCUUUGUGUCAUACGUCUCGUUUGGCCCCAAACGAAGAAACUGGUGAAAAAAUCUAAAGAAAACUCAGCUCCUCACUCGGCUCCUCACUCGGCUCCUCACUCGGCUCCUCACUCGGCUCCUCAGCUCUGCAGGAGGAGACCCUGACAGAGGUUCCUCCUGGGUCCAGCUCUGGGCUCGGUUCUGGUUCCUCUCAGCUGAUCUGGACCGACGUUUGCCUGCAUGACCUCGACUCUGUGGAGAAACUCUGCGACUCACCUGCAGAUUGGUGGCAUAUUUAUUUGUGUGUGUGUGUGUGUGUGUGUGUGUGUGUGUGUGUGUGGAGCUACAGGGGAAACAGUCACAUGACCUGCGUCGGCCUCAGACGUCGUCAUUGGUCGUCUUUAAAUUGAAUCUUUGACUCAGCUGAUCAAACAUUGAAAUAUUCGUCCGGUCUUCUUGAACUUCCUCUGGUACUGAAACAAAAAGUCCGACAAACAGAAUCAGAAUCUUCACGUCAUGUUUGCUGACGGUCGACCAACAUUUAAAUGAUUUACCUGCAGCCAGUCAGAUCUGAUGCCGCCAUGAUCUCUGUUCCGAGAGUUGACCCGCUCAUCGAUCAUCAAGUUCAGUCUGGACCUGAUGAUCCAUGGAGAUGUUCUGAGGUUCAGAACUGAAGAACUGUCUUGGAUCAGACGUGAAACAUCUUCAUCCAUUUGACCCAGAUUGAACUCAAAGGUCGAUGAACGGGUCGACUCAGAACCUUCAGACUUCCUGCAAACAUCAGAACAACAUCACGUCAUUAAUUGAUGAGUUAAAACAUUUUAUGACUCGAACUGUUCGAAACCUGAAGCUGUCUCAGUUCAGAUCCUUCUGUCAGUACUUUAUGUAGAACUCUGUGUACUCUGUGUCCAGAGUCCAACAGUCACGAUGGACGAGGACGGAGACACAGACACAGUCCAACAAAGUCCAGAACAGAACAUUCAUCUGUUUGCUGACGAUCCUCUUCUUUCCCGUACAGACAUGAUCUUCUUCAUGUAGACAUUUCCCAGUGUGUGUGUGUGUGUGUGUGUGUGUGUGUGUGUGUGUGUGUUAGGGGGCUACCUCAAUCUGCACUAGAAGAUGCCUCCCCUGUCCGGUCCACCUGAACAGGUGCAGGGUAGCUGCUCAGUCACAUGGUACCUCCCUUGUACUGCAGAUGUACAGCAGAUGAAGGAGUGACGUUGGACAGAGGACGGACAGACUUCAUGCAUGUAAACAAACUAUACACUGUAUCUCAUCUCCAAUAGGUUAAGAUUGUUAGGAUAUGUAUGUAUGUAUGUAAAUAUGCCGGGAUCCGCCCUUUUUCAGAAUGAUGUAACUUCAAUGACGAUGAUAUUCAGGUCGUAUGUAUCGAUAAAUGUUUUGCACCCUGGAAGAUGAAGACGAGAAGGAGCACACACUCGGUCUCUGCACUCCGGAUCCAGACCUCCUGUUUCUGGGGACCGUCCUCCACGUGGACUGAACAGCGCUCUGUGUGCGGGCCCACACAGUCUGUCCUCUGCUGAGUGUUGUACAUGUAUGUGCGUGUGCGGUAGGUAGGUAGGUAGGUAGGUGUGGGUGGCCUGACAGGAAGCUCCCGACGGACGGACGGACGGACGGCGGGUGGCCUCCGGGACGUUUGUCCUCCGGGACGUUUGUCCUCCGGCCUGAACUCUGAGCACAAAGGCGACGAGCCGCCGCCGUGCCACCUCUCUGUGGUUGCUCCUGUACAUUCCUCUCUCUGAAUGUGUAAACUGUACACGUGGUGUGAAAUUCCUCUAUUAAUGUGUAUCAAGAGAAUGGAACAAAGACAAAAAAAUGUUACUUUUUAAAUUAUUCUCAUUAUUAUUAUUAUUAUUACUCUUCUUCUUGUCUAGCUUUGUAAACUGCUGAUCCAUCCGGCAUACCUCAGCAGGCCUUUCCCCACCUCUGAAAAGGACCAGAGAGCGACGGGGAAAUGAGGUUUUGGAUAAACUAUUUUUAAUUGUGGUUGAAGCAAUAGACUUUUUGAACUUUGAAUUGUGCAUGGCUGUGUCUUGAGUGUAAAAAAAACAAAAAAAACAACUAAAUAUUACAGUUUGGGAACUGGACUGAAAUAAAAAGAGGAAGAAAACCAGA